UAAAGUUUAUUCAAACCAAAUACAAAUGCAAGUAUUCAACAUGUAAUUGGAUAUUAGGUGAACAAAAUGAUAUAUUAAACAAACUUAAAUUAUUUUAUGUGCUUGAUAGUUAAUGUUGAAAGGUGUCAGCGCACUUAGCUGACUUUUAUAGACUUUUCUUGACGUUAGCAAGGUUAGCUCGCUACGCUAACAUGAAAGUAAGGAGCGACAGUGGCGGUUUAUUGACGUCGCUACCAGGUUAGCUUGCCAAGCUAACCAGGAAGUAAAAGCGAAUUGAAGAUGGCGACCAGCUCGGAGCGCAGUCCUCCUCCGUUCCCCGAGUCCGGAGACGCGACAGGCCGAGGCAGCGAUGAAGACGACGUAGACGACCUCUUCAUGAGUGUGAGCGACUCCUCACUUAGCGAGGUGUCGUCGGUCAGCCAACCCAGCGACAAUUUGACGACUCCUCCCAGUGACGGCGCGAGCGACCCCGGGGGUGACCUCGUCCGGAGCGGAUUGGGAUCCAAAGCGCUGAGCGAUAACUUAACAACACCGCCCAGCGACGUCAUGAGCGACCUGGCCGGCAGCAGCUCGGGAUCCAAAACGCCGAGCGAACCCUCAGACGAGUUUGACGACCUCGCGGGCAACUGGAUGAGUCCGGUUGUCUCAGACGCUUCCAGAAGUGAAACCAGAGCCGGCGGUGAAAACCCUCUCAACGAUGAUUUUGUUGACAUACUGGGAAGCGAAACUGAACCGCAGCAACAGGAAGUUGAGGUUGGGGAUGCGAGCGAAAGCCGGCCAGAUGAUUGCGGUGAUGCAAAAGAGGACGUAAAGGAAACGUCACCGCUUUUAGACAUCAGUUUGUCAGUGGAUCCCGCACCACAGCCAUCUACCAAAAUAGUUGACCCUCUAGCAGACCUCUUUGACGACCCUCUCCCCGCUUCGGGCCAGAAGCUAAGGGCCGCAACAGACCUGCUCGAAGACGAGGGCGUCGACUUAUUCGCCGACCCGCGGCAGAUCAAAUCCUCCAAGCCGCCUGAGAAGAGCCUCUUCGAUGAGCCCGAUGAGGAUCUGUUCGGGGAGCCGUUGGGCACCAAGAACAAGACCGCCCCUAAAGAGCCGCAGGCCGAGCCUCUCGCAGACAAGACCCAGAGUGGCGGCGGCGGACCUCUGCUGGACCGUAACCAUGGCGACGUGUUCGCAGAGGAAGCCGUAGCUCCAAGCAACAACUCUCGCCUCAAUUCCCGGACGAAUGGGGUCCAUGUGGAAGAAAGCGCUGAUAUAUUUUCAGAAGCCACAGUGGAGCUGUCCCUCGACAGCCCGCAGAAUGAGAGGAAAGACGCCGCCGCCGCCGCCAAACCGUCCUCGGCGGCUCCCGCAGUGCCGAGCGCCACCAGUGUGGCAAAGCCUCCGCAGGCUGCGCUGGAGGAGCUGGACGAAGAGGAGGAGUCAGAACUGGAAGACAAGUUUGACAUCACCAUCUCUGUUACCGACCCAGAAAAAAUAGGGGAUGGAAUGACCGCCUACAUGGCCUACAAAGUGUCCACUCAGACCACAUUGUCCAUGUUCUGCAACAAGAAGUUCACGGUGCGCCGACGCUUCAGCGACUUCCUGGGCCUGUACGAGAAGCUCUCUGAGAAGCACGCGCCCAACGGCUUGAUCGUGCCCCCUCCGCCGGAGAAGAGCAUCCUGGGUAUGACCAAGGUGAAGGUGGGAAAGGAGGACUCGUCGUCCACAGACUUUGUCGAAAGGAGAAGAGGCGCCCUGGAGAGGUAUCUUCAGCGGGUGGUCACUCACCCUUCGCUUCUCCAAGACCCUGACGUGCGAGAGUUCCUGGAGAGAGAGGAAUUACCGAGAGCCGUGAGCACGCAGGCUCUGAGUGGCGCCGGAUUCCUGAAAAUGAUCAACAAGGCGACGGACGCCGUCAGCAAAAUGACCAUCAAGAUGAACGAGUCCGACGUGUGGUUCGAGGAAAAGUUGCAGGAGGUGGAGUCUGCGGACCAACAGUUCCGCAAGCUCCACGCGCUUGUGGAGUCGCUGGUCAUUCACAGGAAAGAACUUUCCAUGAAUACGGCAAGCUUCGCCAAGAGCGCCGCCAUGCUGGGCAGCGCGGAGGACAACACGGCGCUCUCCCGGGCCCUCUCGCAGUUGGCUGAGGUGGAGGACAAGAUGGAGCAGCUGCAUCAGGACCAGGCAGCCAACGACACCUUCGGCUUUGCCGAGCUCAUCGCCGAUUUCAUCCGACUGCUCGGUGCCGUCAGGGGCUCCUUCGACCAUCGCAUGAAGGCGUGGCAGCGCUGGCAGGACGCGCAGAGCACGCUGCAGAAGAAGCGCGAGACCGAGGCCAAACUCCAGUGGGCCAACAAGCCCGACAAGCUGCAGCUGACCAAAGAGGAGAUCGUAGAGUGGGAGGCCAAAGUGACGCAGUACGAGCGAGACUUCGACAGAGUGUCGGCCACCGUGCGCAAGGAGGUGGUCCGCUUUGAGAAGGAAAAAGCGAGGAAUUUCAAAAGACAGAUCAUAAAAUAUCUGGAGAAUCUGCUCAAGUCCCAGCAACAGCUGAUCAAGUACUGGGAGGCCUUCCUACCCGAAGCGAAAGCGAUCGCCUGAGUGAAGGCGCUUCUCUUUUUGGCCUUUUUUUUCUUUUUUUAUUCUCUUUCUUUCGGCUCACACUUGACCUCCCACUUUUCAACCCGAGGGGAGGGACGCGUGCGCGUUGUAAAAAAAAAAAAAGAAGGUUACAAUCAACCCUUCGUCCCGUUUUU